AUGCAGCACAUAGGAUAUGGCGUAUUCGAUCAUUUGACUAAACUUGAUUCGAUUGGUUUUUACAAUUCUUGUCACAAUAUCUUUAUUUAUGAAAAUAGAACCAGAGUUCUCAAAGAGUUACCUAAACUUGCCCAAAAUUGUCCACCGACAAUCGAUAUGUUAGAAAGACGAAUUCUUGGUGGAGAAUAUUUUGAUCAACAAAUCGCUGAGAAAAUAAGUCACACUAAGGAAAUCUCUCAGAUGCGUCAAGAAUUAACUCAGUUGCGUCACGAAUUAACUCACUUAGAAAAUUGUUCUAAAGAACUGGAGAAAACAAAUGAAUUAGCAAAAACUAAAGCAGUAAACAUGUUUUCGAUUUCGAUUGUGACUUUAAUUAUCUCCACAUUUGUGCUGAGCAAUGCACUUGUUCUUGAGUGUGAAUACACUGUGAAAAGUGUUGAGUGGUUUGAGGAACUUUAUCGCUGCAACAACGGAAGAAUAAUUUUUGUCGGCGAUCGAAAUAAUGUGACCGAAGUAUCUUCGAAUCACGUUGGUGGUAGAAGAAAUGAAGACGUUGAAGGAUUAACCAUGGAACAAUAUCAAAAUUUAACGUUUUUGCCUCGAAAUAUCAAUCACUUCUUCCCGAAUCUAAAAUCCAUCGCUAUUCACCAUAAUUUAAUUGAGAACAUACAACAAUCAGAUAUCAGCGCUUUUCCGAAAUUAAUACAAUUAGAUUUGUGGUCAAAUAGAAUAUCGUCACUUGAUUUCGACCUUUUCCAGAAAAAUCCAAAGUUGCAGUACAUCAGUUUCCCUGAUAAUCCAGUGCAGCACAUAGGAUAUGGCAUAUUCGAUCAAUUGACUGAACUUGACACGAUUGGUUUUACAAAUACUUGUCACGAUGUACAAAUUUUAAGAAAUAGGAUCAGAGUCCUCAGUGAGUUACCUAAAUUUGCCCGAAAGUGUCCACCGACAAUCGAUAUGUUAGAAAGACGAAUUCUUGGUGGAGAAUAUUUUGAUCAACAAAUCGCUAAGAAAAUAAGUCAGACUAAGGAAAUCUCUCAGAUGCGUCAAGAAUUAACUCAGUUGCGUCAAGAAUUAUCUCAGUUGAAAAAUUGUUAUAAGGAACUGGAGAAAACAAAUGAAUUGUAA